UAAUGCGGUCGAAAAUCGUGGACUGUGAGGUCGAGCCGAGUAAAAAUAUGAAUCCAAAGCCGGGCUUUCUGCGUCGUCAGUGGCGAAAAGUGAAGGGAGAAGUGUCGAAUGCUCUCUUAUCACAAUAUCGUCGAUGUGUGAUCCAAAUGAAGCGUUGCCUACGCGAGAAUACAGAUGUAGAUCAGCAACGAAGGAAAAGUCAGGCAAAGCUUCAUCCUCUUCCAGACCGCCCGUUGCGCCGAGUCGCCUCGAAGCUCAACCGAAAACCUACGAAUGAAAUCGCGAGGCUCCGAAAGAAAGGUGACGACUGGAAUGCAAAUGAUCUGUUCAAAUUCCAAUAUUCGGAUCCUGAAGAGGGAACUCCUGAAGAGAGAAAACAGUUGUGCUAUGAUUGGUUGGAUAGGCUGCACGAGAUUUCGAAAAAGUAUUGCUAUUUGGCGUGGUACGAAUCAGCGAUCUACGCUUGCUAUUACCGCCUGGCGCCGAUUUUGGUUGACCCUGUCGAGAAAAAGCGGAUCUGGCACGACGUGAAGCACGAGUACGCUGAGAUUUUCAUGAUGGGACGUCGGAUAUGGCGAAGGGCGAUUCAUCCGAGUCGUCUGAGAGUUUUCUAUGAUUUGGCAAUGCUUUGUGUACGAUUUGGUGAUAUGGAGAACGACGACACCGUGCCGAAAUUCAAGGAACUUAUGUCCGACUCGACAAAUUUCGACUUCAAAGUUCUCAACGAGACGGAGUUUAUCAAAUCUUUAGACAAGGUAAUCAAACUGGAAAACAUUGUAAUCGAUCAAUUCUACAAACGCCGCCGGAGCAGCGGGUCGAUCCGCUCUUCAUUCCGUUCCCGCCGCAACACGGAUUGCUCCCCAUCCCGACGAUCGGAGCAAGACUCGACACCAAUUCCACCGGCGAAACCGGAAGAUCAAGAUGAUGCCUGUAGUCUUGCAGAGUCCCUUCAACAAAUGUCAAUUAGCCUGCCGGCAGUGCCUGACGCAGAUUUCCCGCCGCAGCCGAAGAUCAGCACGUCCCUCACAAUUCCGACUAUUGUUGUCGAUGGACCCGACACCACGUCAUCCACAUCACGUACAAGUAGACCAAAUUCUCCCAGACUCGUCAGAUUUGACGAAUAACCUUUUAUUUCUCAUUGCGACGUGGCCUAGGAAUUUGAAAAACUAGGCCGCGUCGCAAAGUUGAGGGGAUUUUCAGUGAAAAAUCGUUUUCAAGUGAAAAUUUUGUGAUUUUCAAUUAAAAUUUUUUUAAUGGAUUAGCUUCGGCUUGGCCAUAGGCUUAGGCUUAGGCUUAAACAUAGGCUUUGGAUUGGGUUUAGGUUUAGGCUUAGCCUUAGUCUUAGGCUUAAGCUUAGUCUUAGGCUUAGGCUUAGGCUUAAGCUUCGACUUAGGCGUAGGCUUAAGCUUUUCUCACUAAUUUUUAGCUGAUUUUUGCAAUUUCAACGUUUAAAAAAGUGUAAAAUGUGGUUUUCGAGAUAUUUUUAGCAUUUGAAGCACUCGAAAAUUGUUUAAGACUGUUUUUUUCCACAUUUUCCGUCAUUUUAAGCAUUUUUUCGAAGUUUUGAAGAAAAAAAAUUCCAAAUUUAACCGCGAUUUUCAGCUUUUUUUUCUUUUUUUUUUUAAUUUUGCACAAUUUCCUGCUGAAUUUCUUCGAUUUUCACUGAAAAUUCCCCAAUUCCUCACUAAUUCUUUGCCACGUGGCAGAAAAAAACUUCCAGACGGGUCAUUAUUAGUACGGCUUAAUCCCCCCCCCAACCCAAUCUUCUCCCAUCCCAUCAUAUUUUGUUCCCCCCGAACUAUCAAUUCAAUUAAUGUGUGCUGUUAUAAUAAUGUGCCUUAUAUAUAUUUUUGUAUUGAAACAAUAAAACAUUCAUAAAU